AUGGAGACGAGGUUGACUCUAACCGCCCAGUUCAUCAGUGACGGCCGUGCUCUCGUGUAUGAUGGUGAGAGGUUGGAGAGGUAUGUGACAGAGCAGAAGGCUGACUAUGAGAGAGCCAAGAAGGAGGAGUUUGAAAGAGAGACGGCUAGGCUUGAGCGAGAGGAGAGAUUAAAGAAAGAAGCGAAGGCAGAAGAGGAGAGAGUAAAGAAAGAGGCGAAGGCUGAGGAGAAAGCCAGACUUGAGCGUGAAGAGAGGGUGAGAAAAGAGGCGAAGGCAGAGGAAGAGCGGUUGAGAAGAGAGGCGAAGGCAGAUGAGGCCGCUAGACAUGAAUGGGAGGAAAAGGCCAGGCGUGAGGAACACGAGAGGUGGAAGGAGAGAGAUGCUAGAGAGGAGCUCAAGAGAAAAGAUGAACUGGAGUUGGCACGGCUUAAAGAGAAGUCGGGGCCAGAGGCAGGUGCAGUUGUAGGUCAGGCUGUUGAGAUACGACAAAAGAGUGUCUUGGACAGGCUAGACAAGAACUUCCAAGGCAUGAAGGAAGAGGACGAUCUUCUGGCGUACCUGACGCACUUCGAGGCUGUAGCGGCAAGGUGUAAGAUUGAGAGUAAAGAGUGGGCCCUACUGUUGUCAUACAAGCUGACGACAUCGCUCAAAAACUUUAUGUUGAGGGACAGUCUGUUCCUUAGCGACAAGUAUGAGGAUGUCAAAACGGCACUUCUCCGCCACGCAGACAUCAAUGCAGAGACAUACCGCAAAAGGUUCCACCACGUCAAACCACGGCAGAAUGACUUCCGUGGGUAUGUGACCGAGUUGAGAACCGCGCUGGACAACUGGUGUAAAAUGGCUGAGGUCGGUAAGACAGUAGAAGAGAUCAAAGAUCUUUUCAUUAAAAAUAGGAUACUAGAAAGCGUAUCAAAUGAGGUGUACAGGCAGCUCGUGUUAAACAAACUCAGCACAGUAGAAAACAUGUUGGAGGUGAUUGAAGGUUUCAAGGUUGCUGGUUCUGAUGUAGCAAUAAGAAAGGAAGAAAGUGUGUAUGUGGCAGCAGCAUGUUGUGAGCCUGUGAUUAAGCAGAGUCCAAUGGUUAAAAGAAAGGUAAUUGUUUGCUUCAGUUGUGGUGAGCAAGGUCAUAAAUUAGCUGAGUGCCAUAAUGAAUUUGUUGCCCAAAAUAAUGAGACUGAUGUUGAGAUUGUAAAUCCCAAUGAUAGUAUUAAGGACCAAGACCAGCGAUCUAGACAUAGAUGA